UAUAUAAUUAUUAGCAUUAGUAUUUUAGCAUAUACUUUAUCUUGAGACAUUUCUGGAAAUGAGAGAUGAACUAUUUUUAAUGCAAACUGGAGACAAAGUCCGAAGGGUUUACACGAUUUACGUUUAUACGCGAGGCAAUUGCCCGGCGGUUGGUUUUUAUUCCCAGUCUAUUUUUGAUCGCCUUUCGCGUCGUGCAGCUUCAACAACAGCCAGAUGCGUUUAUCGGUCGUCAGUGAGUUAUACGAGCGAUCGCGAAUUCCGCCCACGAAAUGCACACGUCUGGCGCCUCGUCGUCGUCCAAGAGAAUUUUCCAAUCGAAAUCUUGAUUUCGAGAAAAAGCAGACAAGAAUAUAAAAUAAUUAAUUUACACGAUUAUUGUAAUCUUUAUAAUCAACUGUCUACUUGGUCAAAUUCUGCAAUCGACGUUUAGUUUCUGUAAUCAGUUUCUUAUUUUAAUAUUGUUGACAAGAGUUAAUCACAACUGUUAUAUUUACUUUUGCGUAGAUAAAUAAUCUUAUUUCUUUCCUCCGGGAUUAAGUUUAACUUUUCAUUGAAGAUUAAUUCCCUCUUUCAUUAUGCCAAAAAGCUCUAUUAUAAAUUGGUAUUGACUUUGCACUCAUCGCAAUUCGUUCGGCUUCUUCCCUGAAGAAGCUAACAGUUGUUGUAAAUCACCGCGAACGACCGCGGAACAAAACGUUGAAAUAGCUUCAGCCAUCCAUUAAGUCGCGUGCGUGAAAAUCGUUCGCUCGGUCAUAAAAAAUAUGCAAGUGCAUUCUGGAUGCUCGUGCAUGUGUGAUUUUUCCUUCAUCUGCCAGCGGACUGGUAUCGAGUGAACGUUUGAGUUUAAAUGCCAUCGCUCAUUCUCAUCGUUUUUCAUUGUAAUGCUUUAUCGCACUUAUCCCGCUCGACAUUGCCAACAAAGCGUCCGCGCACUUGUUUACGAGGGGCUUAACCAUCCAGAGCAAACCACCUCUUGCUCUUUUUAAACUAACAUUGUGUCAAGAAUUUUGCGAUUUAUUACCAGGACUCGCAUCGUUAAAGAUGCUUAAGCUUAAAAUGAAACUCCACUCGGUGUACCAUUAAUAUCCAGGAAAUUAUCAAGCAAUUAAUAAAAUUUACGCCUUUAAAUUUAUAACGAGGACAUAGAAAGUUAUUAAAUUACAUUAGAAAAAUAUGAAGGAAAUAUUAAUUUUAAUUCUGGGGAUAAUAUUCCUAUUAAAUUGUCAUGUAGAUUCGAAAAAGUUGUUACCGAAAUUUUUGUGGGAAAACCCAUGACUUUCGCGACGCGAAAAACUUCCACGUGCGAACUCCUGAGCGCCGAAAAUCCAGUAUGGGCCAUGCACGACUUUACGGAGAUCCGGGUCCGUGUACUCCGUUCUAAAGCUGUAUUGGAGAAGUGUAAGAAGGGUAGGCUAUUUCUGGUCGUGGGAGCCGAGAGAGAGACUCGCUGUGCAAACGGCUCUUAGCCACUUCGUACGCAGAGAGUAGUCUCGCUUUCGCCGCGUAUCGCCGAUAUACACCUUUCGGGAGGACCGCAUCUUGCGGAAAGCCGAACGAUGUGACCGGUGUAGUGAGAGUGAGGACGUUUUGCUCGGUGAUCGGCACGAACGAGGCAUCUACGCCGGCUAGGAAACCAACAGAAAUUGUAUGGAAAUAAUGGAGAACGCGUGCAUUCGAUUGCACUGGAACGAGAACCGAAUAGACAUGACAUCGAAUAGACGAGAAUAAUAUUCGCGUAAGAAGAAAUGAUAAGAAGCAAAAUAAUUUUUUAUUUCUAAUAACGAAACAGAAUAGAUCAAAAUUACUUCGAAAAUUAGUGUUUAGUAAAAAAAUUUAGAAAGAACUUUUACUUCAUGAGAUUAAAUAUUGUCAAAGAGUUUGGAAAAUUCCAAAUACUAAAACAAGUGAUUAUUAAUUGUUUUUUUUUUACAAAAAUUUUUAAAAUGUUUUUAAAAUUAUUUUUUUAAAGAACUGCUAUUAAAUUAUCUACAUAAAAGUGCAUAUAUGAAGUUCCAUUAAUUAAUAAGUGGAUUAAUUGAUAAAUUAAGUUUGCGGUUCGUGACAUGUAAUGACGUAAGACAGAAAGUGUUUGUUUUAGAACUAUAAAUAUGAAAAGUAAACCGUGAAAUCCUCUAAUAUAAUGUCAGUCUACAGGUGACGCGUGUGCGAGAUAUUAAGCAAUCAAAAGUAAAAUGUCAAACGUUAAAUGCCCGCUCUGAGAAAAGAAAGAAUAAAUAAUGUUGAGCAGAUGUAAGCAUAAGUAGUAAGACAAGUUUUUUUAUAAACGGAAAUAUGCUAAAACCGUACUCAAUUUUUUGAAUUAAUUAUAAAGGCUAUAUUGGAAAAUAUUGACGAAUGAUUUAAAUUAAAUAUUUUAUUCAAAAAGAAGGAAAAAAUUGUGCGUAAUAAGGUAUAUUCAAAAUCGAGAUGUGUAGAUAAAUUGAAAGAGAUCAAAGCGAAAUUCAACGAUAUCGCGGCGGAGGCGAGACGGAGGCGUAAGGCGUGCAAAUGAUCGAGGGCGCAAAGUCGUGAUUUCCGUCGUGUGAAUGCCAAGUUUCGAGCUGAUGUCCAUUUGUUCGCAUCACUGGCAAAAAGGUUUCGUUGACGUGUGGGCAUAAAUAACGCGAUUGGACAUUAAUUCCUGAAAAAAGAAGCGGUAUAAAUCGAUCUUUGAUUAAAACGAGAACUUUCGUAUCGCGUUCCUAUAUGAUUCGCACGAUUCAUGAGAUCGUCGUAAGUUUGAGUUCAGACAAAUCUGAAUCAACCAAAAUCUCAAAAGUUUUAACAUGUAAAAUUUACUUUUAUUUUAAUAUUUUAAUCACAGAUAAUAUCAUAAUCUCGAAUUACCGUAAAAAGGUAUGAUUAAAAAGAAUAAUUUAUUGUCUAUCUCUAUAAUAGAUUUUGAAGUCCACGUGACAACAUCUAUAAUUGUUAAAAAAAUUAUAAAAUAUUACUAAUGAUCUCAUCGAAUAUCGAAUAAUUAUCUCGGAGGGAGACAAUGUCCUUCUGCAGGAUUACAGGUAGAAGUCGGGGUCUCCCUAGACCAAACUAUUUUCCGCUUCUACCGCCAAUAAGUCCAGCGGACGCGAAGCGAUUCUGCCGCAUUACUGGCAAAUCUUACGGCUUGCCGACCCAUCAUUACAUUCCGGUGCUGUUGGGCGCGCAUCCUCACGACAAGUCAAAAUGCAAGAUCACGAACGCGUCGGGUCUCGGUCCGCAUCACUACACCGCCGGUCUGAUCGUCGGCGAAAAGAAGAAGCACGUGGUGCUCAAGGACUAUCGUUACGUCUUCCCGAUCCUGGAGGGCGAGGGUGAGCAACAACGUGCUCUGAGAGAGCUUCUAAACGCGAAGCAAACCCCGAUUGAAGAAGCGGAGAAAUUCGUGUACACGGUGGAGGAGCGAAGAUGCAGCCUCGUGUUCCCAGCGAAGUUGGAAGCCGCCGUCAGGGACGGGGAUGUCAAGGACGUAAUGCUCUCGAGGGAUUGCGAUACCGUUUUGCUAAGGCUGAAGCAGGGCAAAAAUGUGUCUGUUGAUUUUAAGAACUUAGAGGAUUUCGAGAAUCUUUAUGACGGCAUGGGACCGCGCGAGGAGGUGCUGAAGGAACGAGAAAAGCUGGAGGCCGAGGCUAGAAAACGAAAGAGGAAGAAGCAGACUGUAUUGAAUUAUGCAAAGAAGUUCUUCGAGGAGAAGGAGAGAGCAGCCGACGAGGAAGAGCUCCAACGUACCAAGCAGCUUAAACUAAGAAGCAUCAAAGAAGAGAUCAAGGAGGAAAUGGCGGAAAACUGGAAAUACGUGAAUGCGGAACAAGCGAGAUUAACAUCUUUCGAUGUCGUAAAUAUGUCGAAUGUCUUCAAGGAUACAACAAAACCCAUUUCUAACAUAUUAGACUGGAAUUCAUUGCAGAAUAAUAUGAAAAAAUCAACCGGUAUGCCGACGAUCGAGAAAAUGCCAAUACCUGUAAUGGCUGAGCCACAAAUUAUAGAUCAAGAACCAAUUUUAUACGCUAAUCCUAUAUCUGAUAAUGAGUUUGUAGGUGGUUUCGAAGCGGUCGCAAUCGCAAAGCCGUUGACGCCUUUAAUCGCAAAGCCGGACGUUACGUUGCAGAGUGCGAUUCAAAGUAUCCCGCAGGACGAUCUCGAAGGGAGUGCGAACGUGACGGAGAAGCUUUUGCAGGCUGGAGAACAGGCGUUAGAAUGUCUGCCUAAAAUGGAGGAGAUACCUGAAAUCGUACGAAACCUGCCCACCGGCAAGAAGAUUACGAUGCAUAACGUUAAGGGUCUCAAGCUGGAUAUUAAAUCGGCGGAGAGAUUUGUCGCUGGCCAAACGGUGCAAACACCUUCCGGCACUAUGUUUGUGCCCGGUCAAACCUUGCAGACGCCUCAAGGUCCCAUCUUCGUUCCCGGAUUAACUCUUAAUACGCCUGACGGUCCUCUUUUAAUCCCCGGACAGAUCGUGACUGUGAACGAGUUGGAAGGAACGAGGACGUCGGUGUUUGUCGCCGGGCAGACCCUAACGACGGAGCGAGGUGAGCGUUUCGUCCAAGGCCAGACAUUCCACACAAGCGAGGCGGGGAGUAAGUUUGUCGAGGGUCAGACCGUUUUGACGGAGGAAGGCCCGAAAUUCGUAGCUGGUCAAGUGAAAAUGGAUAGUACUUUUGUCGCGGGUCAGACCGUGGUCACUCCAAAUGGAGUACGUUUUAUGGCGGGUCAGACCGUCACGGAUUAUCGCGGCGAACCGGUCUUUGUGCCAGGACAGAAUGUGCAGAUCAACGGCAGGCACGAAUUUGUGCCGGGUCAAUGCGUCGAAUCACCGAACGGCGAAUCCAAGUUCGUUCCUGGACAGACAUUGCUAACGGCUGAAGGUCCGCAAUUUGUUCCAGGCCAGUACGUGACUACGAAAUCGGGUGAGAAACAUUUCGUCCCUGGUGUUGCUAGAGAAACGGAAGAUAUCCCGACAUUUGUGUCAGGAAUGACUCUAGACACUCCGAAAGGCCAGAAAUUUGUCGAGGGCCAGGUGCUAAAGACUCCGGAAGGUAUGGUAUUCUGUCCAGGACGAACCGUUAUCACUGAGAAAGGCUUCGAAUUCAUUGCAGCGAGCAAGUUCGAUGAGGUAAUCUUCCAAAACGCCGGUCCCGUCGGUAUACCUGUGGAUCCAAAGACUGCGAGUACGGUAUCAACUCUUCAGCAGCGCGAAGUCUUCGGUCACAUGGUGCAGACAGAGAAGGGUAUUGAGUUCUUUCCGGAAAACGCGAGAAAUUUACCGGAGGGCAGAAGAAUCGUGCCUGGCCAGUUGGUCACCGGCGACAAGGACGGACCGCGUUUCGUACCGGGUGUCAUGACCGAGGAUGGCUUCCUGCCGGGUCAGAUAGUUACGACAGAGAAGGGGGAGGAAUUCGUGCCUGGUCAAGUAAUUGAUACUAGCAGUGGACCGAAAUUUGUGCCUGGUCAGAUAGUUGAGACCCGGACUGGACCCAAGUUCGUGCCCGGUCAAACGAUAAACACGCCGGACGGACCACGUUUCGUACCGGGUCAGAUCGUCGAUACCAAGGUAGGGCCGACGUUCAUCCCCGGUCAGGUAAUCUACACCGAGGAAGAAGGAUCUAGAUUCGUGCCGGGACAAGUGGUGGACACGCCGGAUGGGCCUAGAUUUGUACCGGGUCGCGUAGUGGAGGCUGGCGAAAUGGGUGUGACCUUCGUGCCGGGUCAAAUCGUGCAGACGGAAGAGGGGCCUUGUUUCGUCGCUCCCGAUCUCAUUGAUACGCCUGAGGGUGAGCUGGAAUUCUCUGUGCAGGGUUUCGAGGUUACUCCCGAGGAGUUACGACUGCUGCGACCACAGCAUCUGCACUACAAUCCGCGUUUUCGUCAUCGCGGCGAGACCAGCAUAGAUGCUAAGCUGUUGCACGAAUUAUCCGAGGCAGGAUUAUCCGUGGGGCGAAAAGUUGCGACGAAUCUGCCUACGGUGGAUGUGGAUGUGGAUCCGAAAGCGAUGGCCUUAGAGCAGGCUCUCGCUGCGACGACAAAGCUGGGUCUGCAAGGUAGUACGGCGGUAAAGUUGGCACAAGUCAUGUCGACAAUUGCGCAGUUAGCGAAAAACAUCGCCCUGCAGCAGCAGCAACAGCAGCAGAAUUCAGAUACUGCAAAUGCAAUAACGUUGACAAACGGUAAUCGAUCGCCUGUUAUUGAAACUGAAGAAAUGAAAACAAACGAUGACAAUAACGUCGAAUCACUUCGGGGUAUAAUAAGGGCAGCGAUCUCAGCAGCUGUCUUGAUAAUAUCGGAUGAUCGACAAGUAAUAUUGGGUAAUAGCAACUCUCAAGAUUUCGUCUACUCCUCUGUCAGUGAAUCGUUUAACAUGCUGUUGCGUCAAAACGAUCGAGACGUCGAUCAAUCGGUAGACGAAAUCCUGAAAAUUCUCUUAAUUCCGCAAAAUCGUAGUUUUCUUUGCCAAAGCGUACUGUCGGAAUUAUUAGACACCAAGAAAUUAUUAGACAGCAAAGUAGACAUUCUCAAAUCGACUGUAAGUUCAAAGCCGUUGCGGAAAGAUGUCGUGCUCGACAAGCUAUCGAUGGUUCUCGAAGAGGAACAUGGCUCGGAUUUGAUCGGACCGGCCUUCCGAACCGUUUCGAAAAACGAUCCCGAGCUGGUGUCGCUUGUUUUGGAGAACGUGUCACGACAUGUGGCGGCCGUGGCAACUGAGAAGGAGGCUGCGGAGACGGUUUACAAGGCGAUCGUCCAAGCAAUCCGAGAAUCGAGCGAGAUUCAUGUAAAGGAGCUGUUGAACACCGAAGGACCGGACGUUCGUGAGAUGCUGCUUCAAGCGGUGGGUUUAGCACGAGCUUUGGGAAUGUCUGACACGGCAAACAGCUUGCUGUCGGUGAUAAGCGACGAGAAAUCUACCCGGGCGCUGGCGAACGACCGAGUGACAAUGGACGUAUUGAGGAGAUUGGCAAUUAUGAGAAAACUCGCGGAGGAGCGACCACCUUUCUUAAAUGCUCUUGGACAGCUAUGCAGUGAUCCCGAAUUGGCUAGAACGGAUCCGCGAUUGCGAACUCUCGUGAGAGAGAGCGCCGCGUUAAUGAUAGUACCCGAAGAGACACCGUUAAUGUCUUCGGCCGACGUUCCAACCGCGUUGCUACGCGCCGACAACAGUCUGGCAAUGGAAGAGUUUCUACUGAGAAGAAGCCACAAGCGAUCGGCUAUUUUCAUGAUUUUGAAACAGGGUAUGCAAGCGGUCGUGCCUAGAGAGGCCUCCAGGUCAGUGUUAACCGGUGAGGUCGCCUACACCGUCCUCGAUGAGGAUGGUAUACAUCACUUCGAACCGUUGCACGUAUUUUCGGCGCUCAAGUUGAAUCGUCCCGCCGCUCAUCGGUUUUCCAUGUAUUGUUGCCCGGUAGCAAAGGAGGUGGAUAUUGACGGCGAGAUAAUGUCCACCACCUUCACUGGCACGACUUCGAUUGCGAGCAGUCUGGAUGGCUCUGCCAAUGGUAGUUCUAACAAACAAGAAAGCAACGGUACUGCAACUCUGUCAAAAUCCGAGCAAUCGGCUGCUUUUUAUUCAGUUAGCAGGGAGAACACGCCGAGUCUGAAGAGAUUGAAUGGUGCUCGGCAAUGGAACAGCUUCGAGCGGGGAUCCUCGGAAAAUUAUGUCGUCGUGAAGGACUACGUAGCGGACACCGAUGGAUUCGCCGUAAACGUCGGCGACAUCGUCGAGGCCAUCGAGCACGACGGUUCGGCAAAGAAAGCGAGGAUGGAUCCCGAUCUGGAGGUCGAAGUCGGUGAUAUCUUGGAUAAUUCGGCCGCCAAGCACAAGCUUUCGAUUCGACCACGUCGAAAUCACACAGAUCCGCGUGCUCGAAGCAGCCCGAGCGUCGACUCGAGCCUUCAAAGGGUAUACGUUCGUACAUCCGACGGAAGGCAAGGAUGGUUACCUUCAUCAAUUUUAAUGCAAACGGCGCUUAGCGAAGAGACUUCGUCAAUGAGUCGGCCAGAAGAUUCUCAUUAUCGACGAGAGGCUGUCGUGAAAGAACUGAUCGAAACGGAGGAAGAAUUCGGCAAGGAUAUUCAGCUCGUCGUCGAACGUUAUCUGAAACUCCUCGACAAUCCUGGCGUUCCGCGAACCGUGCGAGACAACAAAGAAGUUAUUUUCACUAAUCUGAAGCAAAUAGCUGAUUUUCAUAACACAUCGUUCGGCAGGGUGUUGAUCGAGGGCGUCAAGUACUAUGCGGAUCAACCACGUAUGCUUGGAAAAACUUUCUUGAGAUUGGAGAGAGACUUUGACAAGCACGUGGCGUACUGCAGAGACGAACCUGCUGCUCAGGAAUUUCUCCAGACAAAUAACGAAGUACGCGAAUACUUUGAGGAGUUGAGCCAGACUCUGGGUGAUGAUAAGAGCAUAUCAGAACAUUUAAAGCUCCCGAUACAACGCAUAAACGACUACCAGCUCCUGUUAAAGGAGCUGGUGAAGUAUUCGACCCGAUUAGGUGAAAACUGCGACGAUCUACAAAAGGCGCUAGAGUUGAUGCUAGGAAUCCCUCAUCGAGCGACCGACAAUAAAUUCAUAAGCAAUAUCGAAGGGUACAAAGGGAAUAUUCACAAACUUGGCAGAUUACUUACGCAUGAAUGGUACACGGUUAUCGAUAAGGAAGGAAAAAGCAAAGAAAGAUACUUGUUUCUGUUCAAAGCACGAAUUCUCGUUUGCAAAGUUAGACGGAUAUCGGAGGACAGAUCAGUUUUCAUCUUAAAGGAUAUUAUUCGAUUACCGGAAGUAGAAGUGAAGGAUCAUCCCGACAAUAUACGAUCCUUUGAACUACACAAUCCGGCUGUGUCAAAUUACCCUAUCACUUUGGUAGCUCACAAAGACCCCGUGAAAGCUUGCUGGCUCAAGGAAAUCCGUCAGUACGCCAGUGAUUUAGUCGCUCUCGCCGAGCACGCGGCCGAUGAUCUUCAAGUAACUGAAGAAAUACCGGAAGGCAAGGACGAGCUCAGGAGCGACGAGAAACCGGUGCCGGUGAAAAUCGAAGCACCUCAAGCGAAUCCAGGAUUACCUAAAGAGAAUAAUCCAACGAAGGAAGAAGCAAAGACGAACCCGGGUUUACCGAAAAUAGACGCGACUAAAGAACCCACGAAAGUUGCGGAGAAGAGGAAAGAUUCCGUCGGCACGACCGAUACAUCGGAAGUGAAGAAGACUAAGGUCGAGGAAGCACAAGCAGACAUGUCUCGAAGAUAUUCCGCGAGUCGAUACAGUGCCUCUUCGAAAGUUGUGGAAGAGUAUUCAUCGAUAUCGAGCAGUCGUAAUGGCGUGUCCUCGUACAUGGAAUCGGCGGCGUCCGCCAUCGAGACGAGAAUGUCUUCCUCGUCGCAGGGGAUGGGUCGGAUAUCAGAGACGACUUCUUACGAGACUGCGAUCGGUGGUGCAAUAGCGGAUUCGAACGUCGAAAGCAGAACACCUGCCAUAAACACCGAUCUUGGCACCGAUGUCAGCAAGCCAGUAUUUAUCAAGACGAUAGAGGGAUGUAAUGUAGAACCGACGCGACCAAAAAAGGCAUUGAUACACGCCAUAGCUGGAGAAGUCGCCACUUUCGAGUGCACAAUGUUAACCAGCGAUCCGACCGUCAGAUUGCAAUGGUUAAAAGAUAACAAACCAAUGGAGGACAAGUUGGCUGAUCGCGUCACCACUACAAUAACGGAUAACAUGUGCAAGCUUGAGAUUCAGAAUGUUCACGAGUCAGAUUCCGGCAUAUACAUAGCACGUGCUCUGAAUGCAAAUGGUGAAGCGACGUGCACCGCUCAAUUAGUGGUUCAACAAUUGAGCCCAGAAGAGAAGAAGGCGAGAGCAGAAGCAAACGCUCCUAUAUUCUUGGUGCGCCUGAAGGAUACCGAGCUUCUCGAGAAUACCUAUCUACGUUUUAUGAUUAAAGUCAAAGGAGAUCCUAAUCCGGAAAUAAAAUUUUUCAAGGACAAUACCUUGAUCGAUGCGAAGCACGAACGCGUGAAAAUCAUUCGAGACAAUGCCGAGAAGGGAUUUUAUGAGCUGGUGAUUGCCGAUGUUCAAAAGCAGGACGCUGGAAAAUAUUCGUGCACAGCUAUGAAUCGCUACGGCGAGGCCACGUGCGAGGCAGUGGUGACGGUGACAGAUGAAAAGCCGCUUUUCCAGGGGCUUCCUGAAGGUCUUCUCGAGCUUGGUACCGAGCCGCGAUUCAUUUGGAUGCGCGACGGCCAGGCGUUUGAUCCUGAGGAGAGAUUUAAGGUUCUUUUCAAGGAUAACGAAGACACUCUGGCAUUGGUGUUCCAGCACGUGAAGCCCGAGGACGCUGGUCUUUACACGUGCGUAGCGCAGACCAGCACAGGUAACAUUAGCUGCAGCGCGGAGCUGACAGUGCAGGGCGCUGUGAAUCAGUUGCUGAAGGAUCCAGAAAAACCGAAACUUCAAACGGAAUCGAAGCAGUCCGAGGUGAGCGCCGGUGGUUCCGCGAUGUUGGAUCUGCAGGUGAAGGGUUAUCCCAAGCCAAACAUCAAGUGGACCAAGGAUGGCGAGGAGAUUAUAGCCGGUGGUAGAAUUAAGUACCUCUGGGAAGAUGAGGAGUCCUUGUCGUUGGUGAUUAAACAGGUCACCGCUAAAGACGCCGGCGUUUAUACUAUCAAGGCGAAGAACGAACUCGGAGAGGACAGUACACAGAUCGAGCUGAUCGUGAAAUCUGCGCCGAAGAUCACGAAGAAGCAGCCUGAUAUGAUGAUCCUCGUCGAGGAUACGGGCACGAUGACCGUGCAAGUGGAGGCUACCCCAGCGCCGGAUGUGACUUGGUACAAGGACGGUCAGUUGAUUGAGGAGAGCGAUCGUAUCAAGAUCAUCAAGGAAAGCAGCGAUACGUACAAGCUUGUAAUCAAGAACGCCAAAUUGACUGACGCUGGUUCAUACUCGAUUGUUGCGCGAAACGAGAUCAAUCAGACGACAGAGAUCUGGAAAGUCGGCAUCAGAUGUCCACCGAAAAUUAAAAAAAGACUGGGCGAGCCUCGAGUGAUCAACGAGGGCGAUACGUUGAAUCUCUUGAUUGAGGUGGAAUCUGACGGAGAACCGACAGUCAACUGGUACAAGGACGGGGAGCUUCUGACCGCGAACGACCGCGUGAAGAUGACGAAAAACGGAAACAAUUGUAUACUCACAGUCAAUAAUGCAAAGGUGGAAGAUGCGGCGAUUUACAAAGCCGAGGUGGUGAACAAACAUGGAACAAUUUCGGACGAGACGAGAGUCAGGGUACGCGGUAUACCGAGAUUCAAGACGAAACUGUGCGACAUUACUGCAAACGAGGGCGAAUUAAACGUUGAAUUCGUGGUCGAGAUCGAGGGCUUCCCGAAGCCGAGUGUGCAUUGGUUCCUCGGCGAUGUUGAAAUCACGGAAAAGCGCACAGAAUACACUCGCGUGGAAGAGGGCGACAAUUACAAGCUGAUCAUCAAGGAAGUGAAGACCGAAUUGAGGGGCCAUUAUACCUGCAAGGUGCAGAAUGAGUAUGGCGAAAAUUCGAGCAGUUCCAACUUGACAGUGAAUACUCGGCCGAAGCUUUUGAAGAAAUUAGCGGACCAGAGAUUGAAGGAGGGUGAAACGCUGAAAUUGACAUUUGAAGUGUCCGGCACACCGGAUCCGGAAGUCAAGUGGUACAAGGAUGGCGAGGAAGUGACAGCGGACGCUAGAAUCAAAAUCACCAGGGACAGCCAGCGCAGUGAGAACUACGAUCUAACGGUGACGUUGUUGAAGGGCAGCGACGGCGGCUUGUACGAAGUGCGAGCAGAAAACGAGCUGGGUUACGUCACCAGCAAGAGCAAAGUCAUCGUGUUGACUGAGACGGAAGAUGAGAAGGUCGAAAAGUUAAAACCUCCGAAAGAGAUAGCCGAGGAGGUGAAGGUGGAAGAAACGCAGGCGAAAAAAUUGGUGAGGGAACAAUUGCCGCAGGAAGAGACUCUGCACGCCGAAGAGUCGGGAUCAGAAGGUCGCGUCAAACUGGAGAAACAAAACAUCCAAGUAGUUCAAGGGGACAAUGAAACAAUCACGAUCUCUGUGGCCUCCACGACAUCACACGAAGCUAUACUUACAGGUCCCGGCGAAAGCCACACGAUCAGCAAGAUGACGGCAACCAAAGUUGAGUGUCGGGAAUUCGGUGUUGAUUCGGGGCCCCACGUUGAGGAAGUCGCUUCUUACGCUUACACCGUGCAAGAAGAGAAUUCCAAGCCGCAAAACGGUGUGCUGAUCGAGGAAUUCUCGGAAACUGAGGAGAAGAAGUCAAAUUUGGGCGUUAAUCGGGGCGUCACAAUUGUCUCAGUUUCCGACGACGAAUCGACUUUGAAAGCCCUAUCGCGAGACGUCAGCACGGAGGACGUGCAAUUGGCUGAUCAACUCCCGGAGGAUCAGAAAACGACGAACGGCAUUCUCGAUGAGCUCUUCUUCAAUGGCACGCCAGGAGAGAAAACUUUGGAAGAUAUUAAGUUACAUAAGAUCUCCAAGAUCACAGAGACCAUCGCCGAGGAGCGUUCUCUGGAAGAACCAUUGUCGGCGGAGUUGUCGAAUCAAACUCUGAAGCGAGAAAGUGUAGAUGUGAAAACGAUAAAUUUGCCCAGUCAAACCUCCACAGUUAGCGACACGAGUCCGGUGAAGAAGGUCGCGGAGAAAACUCUGGAUCGACCAAACGCAGCGCGACAGUUGUCGAAGGAAACCGCGAAGUUCGAGAAGACAGAAGCUUCGGCGUUGUCAAGCGAAACGUUGUCGAGACAGAAUUCUCAGAAGGCACAGCUCGAUGACGACGAGGAGAUCGAUGAGGACAUGAAGGAUCUUUUAGCUCGUGUUAAACGACAACGUAGCGUGUUAGAUGAGAUCCUCGAUAAAGAAUCGGACAGAGAGUCAGCUCCGCCUCAUGUCGUGAGCACAGAUCUCACCGAUCGAACGAUUUUCGAGACACAAAACACGAAGUUCGAGGUGAAAGCCACUGGUUUACCAAGACCAGACGCGAAGUGGCUUAAAGAUGGUAAGGUUCUUCGAGCUGGGGAACGGGUGAGGAUUACAACUUCAGGAGAAUCGUAUGCAUUGGAUCUCAGCAAGGCCACUCUCGAGGACGAGGGUCUCUACAUGUGCGAACUGACGAACAAAUUGGGCGAGGAAGUCGUGGAGGGUUACCUGAUCAUCGAAACCGUCGACCAGCUUAAGAAACCGAGAUUUACUGAACCUCUCAACGAUGUCGAUGUUGCCCUCGCAGCUAACGGCGAAUUUAAAGCUGUCUUCACGGCCGAUCCGGUCCCGGACAUCACAUGGUACUGCAAAGGUCACGAAAUUCCGCCUGAUGAUUCCAGAAUUAAGCAAACUGUUACUAACGGACCGGCAGCGGAUAAAUUGACGGAAAGUAAAGUCACAUUAAAAGUACCGAAAUGUACUAAAGAAGAUACCGGGGAAUAUACUUUGAAAUUAAAGAAUAAGUGGGGUGAAGCCGAGAGUAGCGCAUUUUUGAGUCUUUUAUUGAAACCGGAAAUUGACAGCUUUAGAGAUCAUUCUGAAUCAGUUGACGAGCGUGUUGAAUGGCAAGCUAUUAUUAAAGGAAAUCCGAAACCCGAUAUUAAAUGGAUGAAGGACGGCACGGAACUGCAAAAGGACGAACAAUACGACAUGGAAGAAGAUAAGAGAAAUUGCAAAUACAAACUCAUCAUUAAAAAGCUCCGUCUAGAAGAUGAAGGCACCUAUACCGUUAUAGCAAAGAAUUAUUUGGGUGAAGCAAGUGCUCAAGCUACUCUCACGUCUCACACUGAGGCUCCGAUCUUCCUGAAGGAUCUGUCAAAGAUGCAGUGCAACGAUCGCGAGGACGUCGAACUGAAGAUUCGCGCGACCGGCAUUCCGAGGCCCAGCGUAGAAUGGUUGAAGAACGGUGAGGUCAUUAAGGAGGACGAAAGGUAUCAGGUGAUGACUCACGUGGACGGCAUAGUGGACAGUAGUCUCUCUAUCAAAACCUUCUCUGCGAAAGAUGUCGGCACAAUAACAUGUAAAGCGAGUAAUGUCGCCGGAAGCGUGCAAACCGACUGCGAUCUAUCCAUGACGUUGGCCGCGCCAUCGUUCGGUAAGGCGUUACCGAGAUCGGCGGAUGUCGACGAGGGCGAGCCUCUGGAACUAAAGGCCAAGGUGGAUGGUAGCCCAAUACCCAACGUCGCUUGGUUCAAGGAUGGCGAGAAAAUCACGCCGGACGAUCAUGUGAAGAUCAGUACUUUGCCGGACGGUACCACUAAGCUCACGAUCGACGAGGUGAAGCCUACUGAUUGCGGCGCCUACAAGCUCGUCGUUGCGAACCCCAGCGGCGAGAAUUCUUCACUUUGCGCCGUCGCUGUCACGCCUGAACGAAGGAGACCGUCGUUCACGAAGCCGCUGGAAGAUACAAAGGCUGUAGUUGGGCAACCGUUGAAACUGGAAGCUCAAAUCUUAGCGUUCCCGAAUCCGCAGGUGCAGUGGUUCAAAGAUGGAAUACCGUUGAGACAUACGAAGGAGAUGUAUUUCAUGAACGAACCGAACGGUCUUAUUGGCUUGAAAAUGGAUUACGUGCGUCCAGAGGACGCAGGGACCUAUUCGGUAAUCGUAUCCAACGCGCUUGGCGAGAUCACGGGUACAGCUAAGGUAGAAGUGGAAGAAAGAGAGAAGAGACCAGAAUUCGUUGCGAGUCUUCAACCGCAAACCGUUGUCGAAGGUUUCCCGGUGAAGAUGGAGGUGAAGACCGUAGGAAAACCAACGCCCGAACUCAAAUGGCUACGAAAUAAUGAAGAAAUUGUCCCGGAUAACAAGCAUGUAAAGAUCAUCAGUCAACCGGACGGUAGUCAAGCUUUGAUUCUCGAUAAGGCAACGCCAGAAGACGUUGGCGAGUACCAGGUAGUAGCCGGCAACACGGAAGGCACUGCGUCCUGCAAAGCUAAGCUGGACGUUGCUGGUAAGGUGAGGCCGGACACGCCGGAGGAGAAGCCGACAUUUACCAGCCCUAUGCGCGACGUAUCUGUCGAGGAAGGCCAGCCGUUGAUGCUGGACGUGUCAUUCAUCGGCAAUCCAAUUCCCGACGUGAGCUGGACGAAAGACGGUGAACCGGUCGAGCCGUCGGAACGCGUGACGAUGAGCUGCGAUGGGAAGAAGGUCGGUCUGCAAAUUGAUCCGUGCAAGCCAAAAGACGCGGGCGUCUACGGCUGCCGACUGAGCAAUCCAUCGGGCGAAGACACCACCAGCGCAAACGCCAUCGUCCGCAAGGUCUACCAAUCGCCGACCUUCACACAGAGAUUCACGGAUCUACAGCAGCUGCCUACAUUCGACGCCAAGUUCCCGGCCCGUGUAACCGGUAUACCGCAACCGGAGGUGACCUGGUAUUUCAACGACAAGCCGAUCCUAAAGGACAAUGACAAAUACAAGAUAAAGCGCGACGGUGAUUCCUGCUGCUUGUACGUGAAGAAUUGCGCAGACGAUGACUCGGGACGAUACAGGUGCAGGGCAGUUAACAAGGGCGGCGAGGCGGAAUGCGCGGCGAAUCUAGCUGUAGUAGAUAAAAUCCAAAAAAUGCAGAAGGUCGAGCCGCCGACAUUCCUGAAGAGGAUCGGCGAUUGUGAGGUCUACAGAGGUAUGCCGGCCAAGUUCACCGCGUGCGUCACGGGAUACCCGGAGCCCGAUUUCGAGUGGUAUCGCAAUGGUGACCGGAUUUGGCCCACUGAUCGCAUCAGGAUGGACCAGGAGGGUAGUCUGUUACGGCUCACGAUAGUUAACGUGGAUGAGCUGGAUGCCGGAAAAUAUGUAUUGAAAAUAUCCAAUCCUCACGGUGAGGAUUCGUGCAGCGCCGAGAUGGUUUACGAAUCUUUGGAACCACGCGCGAAGAAGCCUCUGGCCGAUCAGUACGCGGAUUAUGAUAAAUACCAGAAAUCCGGAAUUCCGUUGCCCCUGGCAGAUCGUCCGAUCAUCAGCCGUAUGAUGGAUCGACAUCUUACCCUUUCGUGGAAGCCGUCCAUCCCGAUCGGGCCGCGAGUACCUGUGACCUAUUUGGUGGAGAUGUGCGAGCUCCCGGAUGGCGACUGGUUCACCGCUCGCAGUGGUAUUCGCAGCUGCGUCUGCGACAUUCGCAAUCUCGAGCCGUUCCGCGAUUACAAGUUCCGCAUUCGCGUGGAGAACAAGUACGGCAUAAGCGACCCAUCGCCGUUCGCACAAACCUAUCGCGCGAAAUUGGAACCGGAACCGCCCAAAUUCUUCCCGUAUCUACCGCCUGGUAUCGACUUCCGUCCCGAGACCAGUCCGUACUUCCCGAAGGACUUUGACAUCGAACGACCUCCGCAUGACGGCUACGCUCAGGCGCCUAGAUUCUUACGACAGGAACACGACACUCAGUACGGCGUGAAAAAUCACAAUUGCAAUCUCUUCUGGUUCGUCUAUGGUUAUCCCAAGCCGAAAAUGACGUAUUAUUUCAAUGAUCAACUGAUUGAAUCGGGCGGUCGAUACGAUCAGAGUUAUACCAGAAAUGGCCAGGCGACUCUGUUCAUUAAUAGAAUGCUUGAAAGAGACGAGGGUGUUUACGAGGCCGUCGCUACAAACGAGCAUGGCGAGGCCAGACAAAAAGUAAUUUUAAAAAUCGCCGAGUAUCCCACGUUUAUCGAAAGACCCGAAGAGACUAUCGUAAUGGUGAGAAGAACCGGCCAAUUGACUGCUCGCGUAACUGGCGUGCCCUAUCCCGAACUCAAGUGGUACAAGGACUGGAAACCCAUAGCUUCGUCUUCCAGAAUUAGAAUUCAGUUCACCGAACCCGACAUUACGACUCUCAUUGUCAACGAUGCCAUCGUGAAGGACGAGGGCCUUUAUUCGAUUAGCGCGGGUAACGUGGCUGGCUCGAUAUCCUGCUCGGUGAUGCUGCACGUGGAGGAGAGCGAACACGAGUACGGAUACAGGACGUACAGAAAGAAGAUGGACAUAAAACCACGCGAUAAGCCAUUUGACGACAUGUACGAUCUGGGUGACGAGCUAGGUCGUGGCACUCAGGGUGUGACUUAUCAUGCGGUCGAGCGAAACACCGGAAGAAAUUACGCUUCUAAGAUUAUGCACGGACGUGGUGAUCUUAAGCCGUUCAUGUAUAACGAGAUGGAAGCAAUGAACAGUUUGCAUCACCGCAAAUUACUACGAUUGCACGAUGCCUUCGAGACGAACGAUUCAGUCACGCUGGUCAUGGAGUUAGCGGCCGGUGGCGAAUUAGUGGACAAUCUCACAAGACAAGAACAUUACACCGAAAUAGAUAUCGCUCGUUAUAUACGCCAAUUAUUAUGGGGUUUGGAAUAUAUGCACGGAAAUUAUUAUGCGCAUCUUGGUCUGACGCUCGGCGAUCUGCUAGUUUCUCAUGCUGGAGGAGAUGACCUGAAAAUUGGAGAUUUUGGACUCGCCCGCAAAAUUUCGCAGGCAAGGCUGAUGACCUUGGCGUACGGUAUGCCGGAAUACGUCGCACCGGAAGUAACUAAUAACGAAGGUGUCAGUUACGCCGCAGACAUGUGGUCCGUUGGCAUAAUUACCUACAUUUUACUAUCGGGUAUCUCGCCGUUCAGAGGUGCGAAUGAUAGAGAGACACUGAAGAAGAUCAGAGAAGGCAAAUGGGAUUUCGACGAACGAUGGAAAAAUAUCUCGAACGAAGCGCAAGACUUUAUUCGCAACUUAUUGGUGUACAACAUCGAUAAAAGAAUGGACGUUAGAACUGCUUUGGCUCAUCCGUGGUUUAAUUACAUUGACAACUUGCCGUUAGAACCCUACAGAAUACCUUCUGAAAAUUUGAAGAACUAUUAUAAACUUUAUCGCGAUUGGUACAGUAAUGCUUCGUGCCGCACGUGGUAUCGUAGAAGCAAACUGGAAACAGCCUUUGACGAUCCAUCACGAAUGGUAUAUCCACCUGGGCAUAAGUUUACACCCGAACCCGAUAGGAUUCACAGUCCGUUGAAGAAACAUUCACCUAGGACAUGGGAAAAUCAAAUACCAUCCAGAGAACCGAUUGACACAGAAAUCGGAAUAAUCACGAGCGAGAGCCAUUAUCAGAACGGACCGGACACAUAUCUUCUUCAGCUGCGGGAUACCGAUUUCCCUGUACGACUACGUGAAUACAUGAAAGUUGCGUGCAAUCGUAGCCCCGGAUUUUCUCGUUCUAUUACCGAAGACAACGGCUUUGACUGGAGGGCACCCAUCAUACGAGAACGUCGUCGAUUCACGGAUGUUAUGGACGAGGAGAUCGAUGACGAAAGAAGGGCACGUAUCAAUCGAUACGGAUCGGCGGACACGUUUACGCUUAGACGUUUGAAGAAUGAAUUGGGCACUCGAUUAGACAGUUAUGCUGAAGCUGAGGCAAUGAUGGAAUCGAAGAAGGAUGGUCAGCUUCCGUUCUUCCGCGAGAAGCCGCAGAUCUGUCCUGUCGAGGAGGGAAAACCGGCGCAUCUCACCUGUCUGGCCGUAGGAAAUCCGAAACCACUGAUACAGUGGUUCAAAAACGAAAUGGUCAUACAAGAGAAUAAUAGGAUCAAAGUGACGGAGGACUCUGACGGGAGAUCUAUACUCAGUUUUAAUCCUACGAGGGAGCACGAUAUCGGAAUAUAUAAAGUCGUGGCAAGAAAUCCGAUAGGACAAACGAUCGUCAGAACCAGAGUGUUGCAGGCAACAGUUUCAUGCGGUCCUGAUUCUCCAGAGGCUUCUGAUGUUUCGGAUUCUGAAGUCCUUCUGCGAUGGAAGCAACCGAAGUACGACGGCAACUCGCCCGUACUUUGCUACAAUUUACAGUACAAGGAGGGUGAUUCAAUCACCUGGAUAGACGUUGCCUCCAACAUCGAUCACGAAUUCUAUCUGGUGCGCGACCUAAAGCAGGACACGAGUUACAAUUUCCGUCUAGCGGCGCGUAACCGCAUCGGUUGGAGUGAGAAGGGCAUUCCGUCGAAAUUAAUCAAGACGCGACCGCCAGGUUGCCCGAAGGUACAGAUUACGCGGGCGAUGAGGCAUCUACAAGAGCUGACCGAAGCCGGUCAGGAGAUCGUCCUGGAAGAGGACAAGCCGCACAUCGAUUACUCCAUAGAAAAGAAUCCGAUCGAAUGGUCGGUGGAGCCGCAGCUAUCCGCCAAGUACAGUUUUAUUUCGGAGCUGUCGCGUGGACAAUUCUCCGCGGUAGCGAAAGGCGUGGAUAAGAGCACGGAUCGCGUGAUUGUCGCCAAGAUCUUGCAAUUGAAUGCCGAGACGGAAAAGCAAGUGAAUCGGGAAUACGAAGUAUUACGUUCAUUGCGGCACGAACGGAUAGCCAUGUUGGAGGCCGCCUAUAAGGCGUCAGGUUCUCCCGUGGCGGUGUUUGUCAUGGAGAAGCUUCAGGGUGCCGAUAUACUCACGUACUUCUCCAGCCGGCACGAAUACACGGAGAACUGCGUGGCGAAUGCUGUUACGCAGAUUCUCGACGGUCUGCAGUAUCUUCACUGGCGCGGAUACUGUCAUUUGGAUAUUCAGCCAGACAAUGUCGUGAUGUCAUCUGUCAGGUCGGUUCAGGUGAAAUUGGUCGACAUGGGAUCAGCUCAUAGUGUCAGCAAAUUGGGCACGAUGGUGCCCAAGCAUCUGGGCCAUCCCGAAUACAGAUCGCCCGAACUCUACAACGAUGAAUCGAUCUACCCACAAACGGACAUUUGGAUGGUCGGUGUGUUGACCUACGUAUUAUUAUCUGGCGUUUCCCCGUUCCGCGGUAAGGAUGCGGAUGAGACCAGGCAAAACAUAUCCUUCGUCAGAUACAGAUUUGAGUACCUUUACAAAGAGCUGAGUCAAGAGGCAACCAGAUUUCUCAUGUUGGUCUUUAAGCGCGCGCCAAGCAAAAGACCAAUAGCGGAGGAAUGCCACGAACACCGGUGGCUACUACCGACCGAAUUUAUGAUUAAAAAACGCGAGAGGGCUGUGUUCUUAGGCAACAGAUUGAAGGAAUAUAAUGAGGAAUAUCACGAAGAAAAGUCAAAAACAGCUUCCGACAGUGACAGCCUAGCGAGCGAGAGUUUGUUAGGCUCCAAACAGAAACUCAUCAGGUCAACCAGUAUACAAGAAGAACUACGGACCACGUUCUAACGAGAGCUGCAAUUUUUUAUUUAUAUUUAUGUACACGUACACACACGACACGCACACAUGCAUACACAUAUGGCUGUACUACUUCGCGUACAUGCCCAAGUCUAUAGCCGAACAAAGUGGAAGAACGACGAAGAAAUGAGAGAUACAAAGAGAAAAAUCAUCUCUCUUCGUUUUCUCUUUUGUUAUUAUUUAUUUGUUACAAUUCGUAAUUAUAACAAAAAUCGUUAUCGACUGAUCGUCAAUGUUUCGCCGACUUUCGUCGAUAGCCAAAUUUUCAACCGUCCGUUAAUUCGACAAGUAGAUACAAAGAAAUUGUGGUCUAUUCAUUUCAAUAAAUCAAAAAGUAAAAAGAUACAUGGAAUAAAUAAAUCGAAUUUUUUGAAUUCAAUAAAAAAUAUUGAUCAAGCAUAUUGUACGAAAAUUAUAAAUAAAUACCUGACAAAAUAGCAGUGUG